AUGGCAGAGGAAACGGGCCCCACAUCCCAUGCUCAUGUGAAACUCUGCGGUCAUAUCGAUGAGAGAGAAAGCAAAGCCAUGAUGGAAGACAGCAAUCAAUCUUCCAGUCUGGAAUUAUUCUCGUUCGUGGCGUACGCUACCAGAGACCGCAAGGCUUGUCAUCGGCAUCAUGUCCUCCACCGCCUCCACGCUUUAUUAGACACCAAUUUGGCUGAACUCACUGUUGUUGAGGCGUUCUAUUGCCAGAAUCAACGCCUGGAUCCCCAAUUCCCCUUCCCCGUGCGCCGUAAGCGAGACAUACAGCUGGGCGUACACCAUCCCCUCCAUCAACCCCACCAUCGUCGACGCGAUCGCAAUCUGGUUCCCGAGUUUGGCACUCUGCCCCUUGCCCUGCUCAGCCCUUGUACCUCGCCGUUCCCAUGCACCCCGAACUGCGGCCCCAGCUGCUCCGCCCAUCUACCAGCGAUCUCGGCUGCGAGGGUGAGGGCUGGUGGUCAUGUAGACGAGGAUGGAGCCCGGGACCAGGCCGGAGAGAGCUCCUUCGGAGGGAUCGAGGGUGACUCGGCGGACGUCGGAACGGUAGCCGACGAUGAGGAAUACGACAUUGCUGGCGCGCGCUACGGCAGCGGAGGAACCGGCCAGUUUGGCACCCCGAUCGAGUCCGUGACGCCGGUCCCGAUCCAGCCGAUCCAGGUCGUGAUCGGGUAUAUGGUCGAUCUGUCGAGAGAGCAGCGGCCAUGGCGGAGCACCGACAGCGGAUCACGGAGUGAGGGCGGUGGAGAUGGCGGAGGAACGCCGGGAAGCGAGCGGGCAUCGGGAGUAUGAUUAGUGGCACAUCGGAUAUAUAGCUGGGUGUGUUCAAGAUGGUGAAGUUCACUGUGGAAAAGCUCCGGAAUAUCAUGGACAAGAAGCAUGACAUCCGCAACAUGUCUGUCAUUG